AUGGAGGCAAAUUUGGAUAAGCCAGGAAUUCCCAGGCCAUCCUUUCUUUCUUCUGUUGAGCUGUCCCCAAGAACUGGCCUUGUGGAUGCUAGUGACAUUAAGAAAGAUCUCUAUGGUGACUUUUCAGCAAUCUCUGAUAUAAGCCAGAGAGAGAGCUUGGAAUCCAAAGGACGUAUUCAUGUUUGCCUACGUAUUAGACCAUUUAUGCAGACUGAAAAAGAGAGUGAAUUUCAGGAGUGCGUUUCUGUUCUUGAUCCAACAAGCAUUGUAGUAAAAGCCCCCAAGAGUUCCAAGAUGUUUCGGCUUAGUGAAAAAAACUUGGCGCAAUUGGUGCAGAAAUUUACUUUUUCACAGGUAUUUGGCUCCAAAACAACACAAGAAGAGCUUUUCGAAGGUACCGUGAAGCAGCCAGUGAUAGACUUCAUAAAGGGACAUAGUCGCCUCGUAUUUACCUACGGUGUUACAAAUGCCGGGAAAACAUACACAUACCAAGGCACCGAAGAAGAUAGUGGAAUUCUCCCUAGGGCAUUGGAUCUAUUGUUUAAACGCAUUCAAAGUAAACUGUAUCCAGAGAUGAAUCUCAAACCGCAUCGAUGCCGAGACCACCGAAAGCUGACUAAAGAAGAAAUAAGAGAAGAAAUGUCGACCAAAAACUCGCUCCUUCGUCUCGUGAAAGAGAUAGAUUACCCAAGUGACAUUAACGGGAAUCGCAGCAGAACUGAUGAUAACUCUGAAGAUUCGAAGGAACCGGUAAAAGAAGCGGAACAGUCCAGCCUGGAUGAGGAGAGAGAUGCAAAAUUCUCCAUCUGGGUUUCGUUUUGUGAAAUUUACAACGAGUACAUUUAUGACCUGUUGCUCCCAAUAUCCAGCGAUAAGAGAAGGAAGGUGCUGCGCCUGGCCCAGGACAUAAAAGGCUGUUCGUAUGUUAAAGAUCUACAAUGGAUUCACAUUUCAAAUUCCAAAGAAGCUUUUAAACUCAUGAAGCUAGGGUUGAAGCAUCAGAGGUUCGCUUCGACAAAACUGAAUGCCAACUCCAGUAGGAGCCACAGCAUAUUCACUGUGAAGAUGCUAAAAAUUGAUCCUGGAACAACAAGCGUAAUGCAAGUCAAUGAAUUAUUUCUCUGUGACCUCGCUGGUUCAGAGCGUUGUACCAGAACCCACAACGAAGGAGAGAGGCUAAAAGAGAGUGGGAAUAUUAACACUUCGUUGCUCAUUCUAGGCAAAUGCAUCAAUGCCCUGAAGACCAGCCAGCAAUCAAAGCUGCAGCAACACAUCCCCUUCCGCGAAAGUAAGCUAACUCACUUCUUUCAAGGUUUCUUCAGUGGGAAAGGGAAGGUGUGUAUGAUCGUCAACGUUAGCCAGAGUGCCUCUGCGUAUGACGAAACCCUCAAUGUGCUCAGGUUCUCAGCAAUUGCUCAACAAGUCAUAGUCCUAGAUUCUUCCAAUUCUCCUCAAGAAGAGUCACUUGACCAGUUGUCUGUCAAAGCAGAAUCUGAAACCAUCACUGAAGAUGUGUGUUUACCCAUCAAAAGAGCCACUAUGUUUUUGGAGAGGACACUGGAAGAUGUAAUGGAAGAAGAAGAGGAGCUGAUAGAAGUCAGCAGUAGGGUGCAUGAGGUAAACGGCAUGGCUGAAAACACCCUUGCAAAGAAGAGUGAGCCUGAGGUGACAGAAGAGUCCCCAAGCCAGGUGGAAUAUGAAGAUGAUGACAUCAUCAUUGGAAAAGAAAAAUAUCAGCGGCUGCUCAAUAUCAUAGAGGAUCUGAAAAACAAGUUGAUUGACGAAAAGAAAGACAAGCUACACAUGGAGCUCAGAAUCCGUGAAGAAGUGACGCAGGAAUGUGCUCAGUAUCUUGCUAAGAAGGAGAGUGACAUCAAGACACUUAUUAGCUAUAGGGAAGAGAUGAUGGAGGAUCACUGUGAGGAGCGCAUGCAGAUCUACAAGGACCUGGUGAAAGACUGUAUCCUACUGACCCACGACGGAGAAAGAGCAGAGGAGGCUCCAGAGACGCAGGCGAAUAAGCCGGAUGGAACAUCGGGAGGUGAACCUGGAGAACCAGGAAGUGCUGCUGAGUUGUCGGGCAUGGUGGAGUUGCUGCAACAGAACGUCGCUGAUAUUAAGCAGCAGGCAGAAAUGGCGUACGAGGUGCUCGAUGCCUUCGAAGAACCCCAAGCAACCAUUGAGCGGCUUGAGAAACAGUUGGCUGCAGUUACAGUGGAGUUAUCCCAAACUCGAGAGGAGCUCUUGUGCAGCAAUAAAGUGGGAACAGUGCAAGAGAAUACAUUGAGUGAAUCUACUAAAGUUCUUCAAGAUGCUACUGAGAAAAUGGCUUUACAGAACAAACGCAUACAAGAGCUAAGUCAAGUUGUGGAGCAGAAGGACGACGAAAUAAGUAGGCUGCAAGUUCUGAUAACUCACUUGGAAGCAAUCAUCAAAGACUCUGAAAACACAAUCGCUGCUGUUAAACAAGAAAUGGAACAGCAGGACCCUAACAAAGCAAGCUGUACUCAUGCUAGUGUGUCGAUGGAGAAAUGUGUGGGUACUGGAAGAAAACGCUGUUUAGAAAGGGAGAAGGAAGAGGAAGGUCCACCUGCAAAGCAAGGGUCCAUUCACAACUAUUCUAAAGAUGCCAUAGAGACCAAACAACUCGAAGAAAUGCAACCCCACACUUUGAAGGAAAGGGGAGAAAUGGUAGCACUUAAAGAGAAAAAUAAUAUGCUUGAUAUUCAGUUGACUACACUUAGAGAGGAAUUGGAAAAGGAGAAAACCGAGAAUGAGGGAUUUUCUAGAAAGAUAGCAAGCUUGUCUCAGGAGCUGCUUUCUUCCGAAGAAAGGGCUUCUGGUUUGAGCAAGGAACUCAACCAGCAGCAGGCUAAUUGUGGGAAGAUAAUGUCUGAAUUAGUUGUGCUGAAAGAUAUCAAUAAAGGACAAGGGGAGAGAAUUCAGCUGCUGUUGCAAGAACUGGAGGCUGCUAGCCAAACUAUUGCAGAACAAAAAUCUAAGAUAAAAGUAGUUGAGGUAAAAAUUGGUGAGCUAAACAGGUCACAGUGGCCUGUUUUAGAUGUGGAUGAGGCAAAUGGAAAGGAGAUGGCUGAGCUUCCAAAAGAGGGUCAUGAGCCAACUCAUGUGAACCUUGAUCAAAAUGGCUCAUUUCACUGUAGCAUUGACAGUAUCUGGGCCGUAAGCCAGCAGAUUGUUCAUGCUUCUUCUCAAAAAAGCAGCCAGAUUGAAGGCCUCCUCCAACAGGUCGAGCAAUUGCAGAGGAGGGCCCAGGAUGCUGAAGAUGAGAAGUGUCAGUUGAAUUCAAAGCUGAGUGAAUCGCUAAAUCAGAAGGAGGCAGCAUUGCGGGAAAAGGAGUGUCUCCUGAAUCAAUUACGGGACCUGCGACAGGAAAAUGCUCUUUAUGCUAAAAAAUUUAGGGAAGAGGAGAACAGAGCACUUGGCUAUUUUGAGAAACUUAAAAAUAAUGAUGGGCUCUUGGAAGCAUGUAGGGCAAGAGAGGCCAGUAUAGCUUGUUUAGAGCAAACACUGAAAGAUAAAGAAUCAGCCAUUUUAGAUAUGGAAAGAACGGUUAAAGACAUGCAGGAGAAACUUAACCUUUCAGAAUCUAGAAUCAGAGAGUUCAAUGAUCAGGAAGCUCAACUGAAGGCAGAAGUUCUAGAACUGAGGAGUAAUUUGAGAAAUGUGGAACUUCAGGAAAAGGAUAAGGAAGAAUCAAAGCAAGCUAUGGAACAGCUGAACAAACAACUCUCGGAGAGCGUUGCUCUUUCCUCCCAUCUGCAGUUGGAAAUCCAGCGGAAAGAUGAAGAAUAUGUAGACCUGAAGGAGAAGCUGGCUGAUGCCAAAAAGCAAAUCGAGCAAGUUCAGAGAGAGGUGUGCAGCAUGCGUGCUGAAGAGAAAUCACUGCGGAGCAAAGUCAACGAGUUUGAAAAGGCCAAAAACCAGCUAACUGAAGAGCUAGACAUCAAGCAGCGAACCAUCCAACAGUUUAAGAAGGAAGAGCUGAAUAAGAAACUAGAGGAUAUUUCACAGCAGUAUCAGAGCGCAUGUAAGGAUCUAUGUUCCAAAGAGAAAAUCAUUGAAGAUAUGAAACUGACAUUAGAGGAGCAAGAGCAGACUCAGUCCGAGCAAGACGAAAUCCUUGAGGCCAGGUUAGAAGAGAACGAAAGAUGUGUGGCAGAAUUGGAAGAAUGGAAAAGAAGAUACCUCGAGUUAGAGAAGCAGAGCAGUCGUCUGCAGCAGACUGUUAAUGUUGAAUGUGAAAAAAGCACCACCUUGCCUGACGAGCUAAAAAGAUUGCAACAGAAACUGAAGGAAUAUGAAGAACAGCAUAACACGGAUCGCAAGAAGUGGCUGGCAGAAAAAAUGCUCCUCAUAACUCAGGCGAAAGAAGCUGAGACCCACCGUAACCGGGAGAUGAAAAGAUUUGCUGGUGACAGAGAAAAUCAUGCAAGGCAGCUUGAGGAAGCUGAAAAACUUGUGACAAAAAAAGAGGAUGCUCUUCAAAAAUGGCAUGCGGAGAGGGAUCAGCUGGUGGCAGCCCUGGAAGUUCAGCUUAGCUCUCUAGCUGCCAGUAAUGCACAGAAAGACAAAGAAAUAGAAGAACUGAAAAGGACUGUACUGAAAGCGCCUGGGAAGGCUUGUAAAAGAAGUACCUCUGAAGAACUUAGGGGAGAUGGUACUAAGGAAUUAAAAUGGAUUGGUUCUAAGAAACCUACGACUGUAAUGUCGCCCAUUCCCAAAAGUCCAGAAAAAAAUAAGGGCGAAGAUCUGUCUAACUGUGAACAGCUUAAAGAAAAACAAAAUGGCCUGCUAAACUGCAAUAAUGUUGGGGACCCGGGUUCAUUGCUACAAGGUCCUAACAGGGUAUCUUCAGUAGAACAUAUUCAGGACCAGUCGGACGCCAUCCUCGAUUCUUGUGAAGUAUCUUCAGAGAGUGGCCAAACCAGCCGCUUUCCAAAACCUGAAAUGGAAAUUCAGUUUACGCCUCUGCAGCCAAAUAAGAUGGAAGUGAAGCAUCAAGGGAGUCCUUCCACAGUGACUAUAAAAGUGCCAAAGGCAAGGAAAAGGAAGAGCAAUGCACUGGAUGAGGACUUCUUGAAGAGUGAAAAUGAGAAGAACGCUACAUCCCUGGCUAACACAAGUAGGCAAAAGAAAAAGACUGCUCUUGGCUCCUCUCUCAACAAGAAGUAUCCCUUAAGAAGUAAGGGUCUUGGGGAUACACCCAGGGAUGCAGGUGGAACUCUACAGAAAUUUGGCCAUUUCUUGCAGACGUCUCCUUCGAUCAUACAGUCCAAAGCAAAGAAGCUGAUGGCAACAAUCCAGUCUCCCAAAUCUACUGAGGAGGAAUGCGUGAAAGAAAACGAUGUCAAGCCAAAGCGAGCUAAGCGCAGAUUGUACUCCACUGAUAUUUCUUCGCCUAUGGAAUUCUCCGGCCAUGUGAUUGUUCUGGAUCAAAAGGAAAGCGAUCAUGAAAUCAUCAAGCGACGACUCCGAACAAAGAAAAUGCAUUGAGGUUUUUUUA